AUGCUGACCUCGAUAUUGGCUACGACCAAACCCCCAUCCUCAGCACCGUACGGCAUUGACACGGCCGUGCUGUCGCGUGUCAUGGACAACGCCGAGGAUGUCGUGGUGGACCCAGUCCCCCCCUCGUGGACAAACAUGGGGGCGUUUUACGGAGGCAACCCCAUGUGUGUGUACGGCGUCCAGAUAUCCUACGUCUAG